AUGGAGCAAGAAAAGAAAAAGGCAACACGCUCAAACAGGAGGAACAAAAUGGCUCAGAAAAGAAUCAUUGGAGGCAAACCCAUCACAGUGCUGUACCUGAUAGUGAUGUGCAGAGCUGUUACAAUCAAUGACCUGCUGGACCGAGCCUCACAGCGCUCAGACAAAAUGCACUCACUGAGCACGCUGCUCACACAGGAGAUGGGUUCUCUCUUCCCUGCUGAUUGCCACACAUCUGCACUACAAACCCCCAAUGACAAAGUGCAAACUUUGCAAGCAUCGGAAUCAGCUCUAAUGUCUCUGGCCCGCUCCCUGCUCCAUGCCUGGGCUGAUCCACUGGUGAUCCUGUCUAACAAUGCCGUCACACUGCCUCACCCAGCAAAAAGCAGCAUAUCGAGUAAAAUCAAUGAGCUGAUGGAGCACUCAAGGACCCUGGCGGAUGGCCUGGAUAUACUGUCAGGCAAGAUGGGUUCCGAUGCUCAGGCCAUCUCUCCUCUGCCGUACACUGGAGGGACUGACCUAGGUCAGGACCGGGUGACCAUACUAAACAAGUUCAAUUUCCUCUUGUCCUGCCUUCGACGUGACUCACACAAGAUCGACAGCUUCUUGAAGGUUCUUCGCUGUCGCGCAGUGAAGUCGCAGCCUGAGUUGUGCUAAAGCCAGCAUGGCUCUGUGGGGAGUUCUGCUUGUGCUGCCGACCUGCUUAGAACCAACACAUCCUAAUUGGUGAUUAGAGUGUUUUUAGAUGAUUGGAGGGGGUGAUACACAAUGCAGAAGGUCAAAACAUGAACUGCCUAAAUUUAUUUUUCUGGGGAAACCCUUGGGAUUUAACAAUAAAAUCGUCUAAGUCACUACUGCCUUUUUCGAGAGUAAUAUUUCCAGCUUGUCUGGCAUUAGAAAUUGUACAGCAUAUAUAUGCUUGAUAGCUUCUAUAAUUUUACUUUUUCCUCUGAAUUAGUUCUCCCCUCAAGCUUCCUAACAUCAGCUCUGCUGAAG